AUGGUUCCACCGUUCCAGGAACUGGAAGUCGAUAAGUACUUUUUACAUUUCGAGAAGGUUGCCAAAAACUGCAACUGGCCGAAGGAAAGUUGGACAAUGCUCUUGCAAAGUGUCCUCUUAGGGAAAGCUCGGGAAAUUUUUUCACAGCUUACGGUAGACGAUUCCGGAGAGUACGAUACGGUAAAGCAACUAAUUCUGAAGGGUUACGAGUUGGUUCCCAAAGCGUAUCGCCAAAAAUUCCGCAUUUUAGGCAAAUCAAGUAAUAAAACUUUUGUCGAAUUUGCGCAAGAAAAGCCUCAGCUUUUCGAUCGCUGGUGCACGUCAGAAAAUGUGGAGAAUAAAUACGAUAGUUUACGCAAGUUGAUUUUGAUUGAGGAAUUUACAAAUUGUCUUGGUAAUGAUGUUAGAACUUUCGUGACUGACAAAAAACCGGAAACACUAAGUAACGCAGCACGUUUGGCAGAUAAUUUCUCGCUAACACACAAAUUUUCGACCACGGGUAUAAAAUCAAAUAUGUUUCCUUCUCCUCGCGGCAACAACCUUGCAUUUGACAAUAAACGUCUGCCACCUCCUAGGCAAUUUCAGGGACGAUAUCCAGGCAAUGAUUUUAGCUCUUUCAACAACAAACCACGCAAUGGAACGCCAGAAUCUUGGCGUAGACCACCACCGUUUAAGUCAAUUCAGUGUGAUUAUUGUAAACGAAGUGGUCACACAAGGUCUGAAUGUCAUUCGCUUAAAUUUAACAGACCACCACCAAAACCAACAGGUUUUAUUUCUUCGUCAAACACGAAACUCGAAUUCCAUAGUUUAUACGAGCGGCAACAACCAAAGCAACAUGUCGUUGAGAGUAAACAAUAUAUUCACAAGGAUGAAAAUGAAUUUGAGGUCAAGAGCUCUGUUGACCCUAGUAUGGACACAUUUAAGCCAUUUAUAUUUGACGGUUCUGUAUCACUCUCAAAUGACCAAUCAAAUGUUUAUUUACCAAUCAAGAUAUUGCGAGAUACGGGUGCUUCACAAUCGUCGAUACUAACCAAAACAUUACCAUUUUCUACAAAUUCGUAUUCGGGCAAAAAUGUUUUGAUACGCGGCGUUAACUCCAAAGACUAUCGUUCAAUUCCAUUACACAAUCUAAAAUUGCAGUCUGACUUGGUGACAGGCGAUGUUUCCUUAGGCGUGAUUGAGUCUUUACCUUUUGAUGGGAUACAUUUGUUAUUAGGAAACGAUUUAGCCAGCGAUAAAGUUACAGUUAACCCAAUUUUAACAAACAAACCAUGUCUUUCUCAACAGCCUGAUCCGGUUGAACAAGUUAUUCCAGAUUUAUAUCCUUCAUGUGCGGUUACUAGAGCCAUGAAAAAACGGCAAGAUCAUGAGAUAGAUAAUGUGUGAGCAGAUGAAAUUGACAUGUCUGACACUUUUCUUUCAAAAGUAUUUGAAAAUUCGGAUGCAAAUGAUAAUCAAAGUAGUUUUUCAAAAUCUAGCCUUAUUAGAGAGCAACAAAAUGAUCCUGAGAUUUCUG